GCGGCGGUGGGGGUCCCGCGAAAAUGGCCGGGGCAAUUAUCGAGAACAUGAGCACCAAGAAGCUGUGCAUCGUCGGGGGCGUCCUGCUGGCCUUCCAGGUCGUCGCCUUUCUGGUGGGAGGCUUGAUCGCUCCCGGGCCAACAUCUGCCGUGUCUUACAUGUCUGUCAAGUGUGUGGAUGUCCUCAAAAACCAUCACAAAACAAAAUGGUUUAUGCCUUGGGGACCUAACCAGUGCAACAAGAUCCGAGACAUCGAUGAGGCCUUUAAGAGGCAAAUCGAAGCCAAUGACAUUGUGUUUUCGGUCCACAUUCCGCUCCCCAAAAUGGAGAUGAGUCCUUGGUUUCAGUUCAUGCUGUUUAUCCUGCAGCUGGACAUCGCCUUCAGGCUGAACAACCAAAUCAGAGAAAAUGCGGAAGUGUCCAUGGAUGUCUCUCUGGCUUACCGUGAUGACUCAUUGGCUGAGUGGACUGAAAUGGCCCACGAGAGAGUGCCCCGGAAGCUCAAAUGUACCUUCACAUCCCCCAAGACCCCAGAGCAUGAGGGCCGUUACUAUGAGUGUGAUGUCCUUCCUUUCAUGGAAAUUGGGUCUGUGGCCCAUAAGUACUACCUUCUUAACAUCCGGCUGCCUGUGAAUGAGAAGAAGAAAAUCAACGUUGGGAUUGGCGAGAUCAAGGAUAUCCGGUUGGUGGGAAUCCACCAAAACGGGGGCUUCACCAAAGUGUGGUUUGCCAUGAAGACCUUCCUCACGCCCAGCAUCUUCAUCAUCAUGGUGUGGUACUGGAGGAGAAUCAACAUGAUGUCCCGACCCCCGGUGCUUCUGGAAAAAGUCAUCUUUGCCCUGGGGAUUUCCAUGACCUUCAUCAACAUCCCCGUGGAGUGGUUCUCCAUCGGCUUCGACUGGACCUGGAUGCUCUUAUUUGGGGACAUCCGACAGGGCAUCUUCUACGCCAUGCUGCUCUCCUUCUGGAUCAUCUUCUGUGGCGAGCACAUGAUGGAUCAGCAUGAACGGAACCACAUUUCAGGGUACUGGAAGCAAGUGGGACCAAUAGCCGUUGGCUCUUUCUGCCUCUUCAUAUUUGACAUGUGUGAGAGAGGAGUACAGCUCACGAAUCCUUUCUACAGUAUCUGGACUACAGAUGUUGGAACAGAGCUGGCAAUGGCCUUUAUCAUCGUGGCUGGGAUCUGCCUCUGCCUCUACUUCCUGUUCCUGUGCUUCAUGGUAUUCCAGGUGUUUCGGAACAUCAGCGGGAAGCAAUCCAGCCUGCCUGCCAUGAGCAAAGUCCGACGGCUGCACUAUGAGGGGCUGAUUUUCAGGUUCAAGUUCCUCAUGCUUAUCACCUUAGCCUGCGCUGCCAUGACAGUGAUCUUCUUCAUCGUUAGUCAGGUGACUGAAGGCCACUGGAAAUGGGGCGGUGUUACGGUGCAAGUUAACAGUGCCUUUUUCACGGGCAUCUAUGGGAUGUGGAACCUGUACGUCUUUGCGCUGAUGUUCUUGUAUGCUCCAUCCCAUAAGAACUAUGGAGAUGAUCAGUCUAAUGGCGACCUGGCUGUGCACAGUGGGGAAGAACUACAGCUCACCACCACGAUCACCCACGUGGACGGACCCACCGAGAUCUACAAGUUGACGCGCAAGGAGGCCCAGGAGUAGGGGGCUGCUGAUCUCCGCCCCCAAUCCCUCCCAUCAGAGGGGCGGCUGGUUCCCGAGUGAGCUUCCCGAGCGAACGACCACUCCUGUCUCUUAGCUGCGGCAGCUUGGACCAGUGAUGGAUCCUUGCCAGUUUGCCUACUGCCCGGGGUGUUCGGAGCAAGAAUCCUGCAGCCACUGAUGAAUCGUGUAUCAUAGCAAAACCUCCGAUUGGACACUGUUCUCUGUGCUGUUGUUAAUUAGUGACAUAGUAACAUCUGUAGCAGGUGGUUAGGAAACCAAACGUGUUGGGGGUGGUCUGGGCCAGAUGGGAUUUCUACGGAGUGGAAUAUUUGACUCAUUUUCCUGUUUUUAGAUUCUAGGAUAGAUGUUAACAUCCUUUGCAGCCCAAGAAAGACUCCCGUCAUGGGCUUCUCACUUGAGUUCGUGACCAAGUCUUUGUUUUCCUGUUUAUAUCACCAAGUAGCCUAUUGCGGUAAUAUUUAAGUUGUCCAUACAUCUGUGCCCCUCUUUUUCUUACAACCCAAAAUGAAGUAACCGAAUUUCUUGAGUCGGUCUCAUACACCAGGGGCAUUUCAGCUUUGAAACCAAAUCUGUGUAUCCGAUACUAACCAGUCUGUUGGAUGUGGGUUAAAAAAAAAAAAUUAUUUGCUAAACUCCCGAGUAGGAUUUAUUGUAUUAAAUGGCCUUUGGGUCUGAAAAGCUUUUUUU